AGCGGCCCGGGAUGUCCUCGUCGCCCGCCGAGGAGUGCCGCUCGCCCGUGGGGCUCGACUGCUGCAGCUGCUGCCUCGACUUGGCCAACCGGAGCGGGCUGGAGGAGGGGGCCGGCGGCGAGAACAACAACCUGGGCAGCCCCACCGUGAGCAGCUUCCGGCAGCUGCAGGAGCAGCUGGUCCGCAAGAACCUCAACACUGACAAGCUGAGCUCCAUCAUGCGCCAGGACUCACUGGAGCCCGUCGUGCGGGACCCCUGCUACCUCUUCAACGAGGGCAUCUGCAACAGGAACAUUGACCAGACACUGCUCUCUAUCCUCCUACUUUUCCACAGUGCCUCUGGAGCCAGUGUGGUAGCCAUCGACAACAAGAUCGAGCAGGCAAUGGACUUAGUGAAAAAUCACCUCAUGUACGCUGUGCGAGAGGAGGUGGAGGUGCUGAAAGARCAGAUCAAAGAACUGUUGGAGAAAAACUCCCAGCUGGAGCGAGAAAACAGCCUUCUGAAAACCCUCGCCAGCCCCGAGCAGCUGGAGAAGUUCCAGUCGCGGCUGCCCGCGGAGGUGCUGAGCCUGCAGGAGCAGAGCCCGGGGGCGCCAGCCCCGGCUCAGCACGCCGGGGGCUCUGCGGUAUAAGGUGGCUCUGUCCUCGGGGUGGGCAGAGCCACAGAACUCUUUCUACUUCCAAUCUCCCGCAAAAUCGUUUCUGCCUUCGUCUCACGGAGGACUGCCAAAGCCUGGCACCCGCAGGGGUGCUCAGAGGUGCCCCCCGGGCAAGCCCAUCCGGACAUUGAGCCAGCUGCUGCCUCCUGCAYGGAGAUGCUCUUCGGCGAAGGAGACGCGGGGCUGCAGCAGACCCCCCCACGCCACGCCGGCCGGCCUCCCCCCACCACGCACUGGGAGGAAAACCACAAGCUCUGCUGAAACCUGGGAGCCUGCAACAUGCCGGCGGGGCCUUGGGCGCACGCAUGGGAAUACAAGUUUGGAAAAGGCGCAUGCUGAGCCCUGGGCCUUUGCUGCACUGUGCAGCAGGGGGGUCUCUGUCUGGCAAAGACUGAGCUUGGAGGAAGACGGUUGCUUCACAAGAGAUACCGCUGUGUCCCCGGAGCCUGCUGCAACCCAAAGCUGACUUGAAGCAGCAGCGCCAGUGCCGUGCACAUUGCCGUGCAUGGCUGCACGCACAUCAGCGUGGGGAUUACAAGGAAACGCUGGGUUUUGUAGC